UGUUACAUGCUACAGAAUCAGAAUAAAUUUAAAUACAAAUAAAAAUAAAUUGGUUUGAACCAGUUUUCGUAAAAUAGAUGGGUUGUUAGCGUCAGGUGUUCUUCAGGGAAGCGUAUUGUGCCCAUAAAUAUAUUUUAUAUAUGAGAAAUGAGAAUGAAUAGUGUUCAGUAAUUAAUAUGAUGAUGAUGCAGAAAUCGUGUAUUGUUUUAUUAUUUGUGAGUGUACUAUGUAGAGAUUUAAGUGAGAAUGAACGAAACAUGAGAGCUGCGUUUAUUCAGAAACUGUUAAAUAAACAAAAAUAUUUGGAGAAUAAAAUUAAACUUUUGGGUGGAACGGAGUUUGAAGGCAAUGUGUACAUUUACCAUGCUGGUAGAUGGGGGGCAGUAUGCGAUGAUUCCUGGGACAAUGCAGCGGCUGAAGUCAUCUGCCGUUCAUUGAAUAGAACCGGUAUAGCCACCCAUGGUGGGCAAUUCGGAGAAGCUAUGGAAAAAUAUUGGAUGGAUGAUGUCGUAUGUGAAGGCAAUGAAAUAUCUUUGAACCAAUGUAUAUUCUCCGGCUGGGGAUCAUCAGAUUGUGAGAAGAGUGAAGCAGCAGGUGUAAUAUGUAAAGAGAAAGAGAUAAAAGAUAUAACAAAAUAUGGUAAAAUUAAACCAAGACAUAUACAUGAAGUAAUGGAUGUGAGGGGCGCGAGUUUGAGACUCGUUGGUGGAAGAAAUAGUUACGAAGGGAGAGUAGAGAUAUACUACAACAAUACUUGGGGCAGCAUUUGCCCUGAUGGUUGGACAUUAUACGAAACAGCAGCCGUUUGCCACCACUUGGCCCUCGGUUUCGCUGACCAAGCGCUCCAGACUGAUUUCUUUGGCAGUUCCCAAAUCAUACUGAGUGGUGUUGAGUGUGAAGGAAAUGAAACAAAUCUAUUUUCUUGUAAACAUAGAGAAUUUGGUGAUGUGUUCUGUCCUGGUGAAAGAGGCCACGUCGCAGCCGUGGUAUGUACGCACUACCUGGCGGACCUUCUCUUGGACACAAGUGCUAUAGAGCGAACUGCACAUUUACAAGACGCACCUAUGUUCCAACUGCAGUGUGCUAUGGAAGAAAACUGCUUGAGCAAGUCUGCUUAUGAGGUACAAAAGAAUAAUCCGAAUUGGCAAUUUGAAACCCGAAGAUUACUGCGCUUUACCGCGGCAUCUUUGAACGUUGGGAACGCUGAAUUCAGACCAUAUUUGCCGAAACAUUUGUGGCAAUGGCAUUUGUGUCAUAUGCAUUAUCACAGUAUGGAGGUCUUCGCAACGUUCGACGUUCUAGACGUUUCUGGAAGAAGAAUAGCCGAGGGUCAUAAAGCUUCCUUCUGUUUGGAGGACAAUACUUGCUUGCCUGGUGUGGAGAAGAAAUACUCUUGUUUGAAUUAUGGCGACCAAGGUGUGUCAGUCAACUGUUCAGAUAUUUAUCAAUAUAACAUCGAUUGUCAAUGGGUUGAUGUGACUGAUGUAGAACCAGGCGACUAUACGUUUAAGGUGGCAGUAAAUCCUCACGCGCGUAUUGCAGAACAAAGUUAUCAUAAUAACGCCGCGUCCUGUGUACUCCGCCUUACCGAUACUUACGCUGCGGUGUACAACUGUCAAUUGGGACGACCUUAGGCUCGUUCGCAUGGGGCGACUGGAAACUUUUAUUUGUUUGCUUAUUGUAGUAUAUUUCCUUGUGUUCGUGUUGAGGUUAAAUAUAGUUACUGAAACUUGA